CAAAGCUUUAGUUUUACUAUCAACUCUUGGCGCGUUGAUUGUUUGCCACGUUAUUUUUCGCUUGCUUCGUUUUUUUUACUUGAGCGUGUGAUAUUAAGAUCUUAUCUUGCAGUCUUUGGUUCUUAUGAACCAUGUUGAUCCCUGAAGACCAAAUAUGGAUGGUCGUCGUUGGUUUCAUAAUAGCUUUUAUUCUUGCUUUUGGAAUUGGUGCAAAUGAUGUGGCAAAUUCAUUCGGGACUAGUGUUGGGGCCAAAGUAUUAACACUGAAACAAGCUUGUAUUCUUGCUACAAUCUGUGAAUUAAGCGGUUCUGUUCUUUUAGGUGCUAAAGUUUCCAAUACCAUACGGAAAGGUAUUGUUAGUGUCGAACUUUUUCAAACCAUCGACAACGGGCAUGUACUCUUAAUGGCCGGACAGGUUGCUGCUCUGGGUGGUUCUUGUAUUUGGCUUUUGGUUGCUACAUUCUUCCGUCUUCCAGUCUCUGGCACACAUAGUAUUGUAGGUGCAACGAUGGGUUUUAGUCUUGUUGUUUUUGGACUCAAUGCUAUUCAAUGGAAAGGACUACUCAAAAUUGUUGGAUCAUGGUUUCUCUCACCUCUUCUAAGCGGUUUGGCAUCUAUCGGAGUAUUUUUCCUGAUGCGUUUUAUGGUGCUGAGAAAAGAAGAUCCUCUUGAACCUGCACUUAAACUUAUUCCAGGUUUUUUCGGCACAGUGGUUCUGGUCAAUAGUUUUUCAAUAUUUUACGAAGGACCUUCAUUGCUGAAAUUCGAUAGGAUACCUCUUUAUGGAAUAUUUAUAAUUAGCUGUGGUUUAGGUAUUAUCACUGUUCUACUUGUGAAGUUUGUUUGGGUACCUUUGGUUCGUCGACAUAUUUUAACUGGAGAAUCGAGUAGACAUAUUUUAAAAGGCUAUUGUUCCCGUAAGAGCAAAAAGAAAUUGUCUGUCGCUGUAGACGAUAAAUAUCAAUCUGUUGAGGAUAAUAAAUCUUCCAAACUUUCAAGCAGUAAUCAUGAAUCGAUUGAUAUGGAUACGUAUGUACCUCGUGCAGAGGGAGAGGCUGUGGUUGGAUUUCGAAACAAUGUUGCCAAAGGAAAUACAGAUGACAAAGACAAACUUGGACGAUUUACUAAUGAAAAUAAUGGUGUAUUGCAGGGAUUAGAAAAUCAAAAUAAAGUUUCAAGUCAUUUCGAAGUGAAACCAAGUAAUCCAGAUGAAACAGUUUAUAAAAGAAAUCAGUUAAAUAAGGUUUUGGAUUAUUCACCAAAUGAUCAAAAUGCCAUCACGGAUGGUAGUCAUAAUUUAACUAAUGGUAAAAUGAAUGUAUCAUUUCCUCCUAACCUGUCUACAAUUGGUGAAGAACCAGAUCCUAUCGAUUCAGUUAAAGAUCGUCCUGCUGAAGCUCAAGUUUUCUCUUCUUUACAAAUUUUAACAGCUGUUUUUGGAUCAUUUGCUCAUGGUGGUAAUGAUGUAAGUAAUGCUAUCGGGCCGUUGAUUGGUUUAUGGCUUAUUGCCACAACACAAUCAGUUGAUUCAUCGAAAACUACAGAUGUUUGGAUUUUGGUUUAUGGUGGUGUUGGUAUAUCAGUUGGUCUUUGGAUAUGGGGUAGACGAGUUAUUCAAACAUUAGGUGAAGAUCUGACGAAAAUAUCACCUUCCAGUGGUGUUUGUAUUGAAAUUGGUUCAGCCCUAACUGUAUUAAUUGCUAGUAAAAUUGGUCUGCCAAUAUCAACUACACAUUGUAAAGUUGGUUCAGUCGUAUUUGUUGGACGUGCACGUUCUAGAGACAAUGUUAAUUGGGGUAUAUUUCGUAAUAUUCUAGUUGCAUGGUUGGUAACCUUACCCGCUGCUGGUGCUAUCUCUGCUUUACUCAUGUAUAUAUUUACAUUUGUAGUAUGAAUUUAGUUUAUUAUAUUAUUAUUAUUAUUAUUAUUAUUAUUAAAUAUUUUAUGAUUAAAAAGUCUGUUUUUAUAAGUAAAAAGAACGAACAGAAUAAACUAAAUCUCACAAAUCAUUGAUGUAACUUCUUGUUUGUAUCCUCAUUCAUUUUGAGCGAACUGAUUGAUUUUUUUCUGCUCACUUCUUCAUUUACUUACUAGAUUUCUAUUGUUUUUGUUCUUUUUUCGUUCAACACAUCCGCUUGUAAACACAUAUGCACAUACACAGAAUAGAAAAACAUUUACUUUUCUCCCUCGUUAUCAUUACUAUUAUUAUGAACUGAUCUCGUAUUAAUUAGAUAAAUGUUCUUAUUAGUGCAAGUGGUGAUGGUUUAUUUAGUUGAUGUUCUGUUUAAAAAUAAAAGUUCCCUUAAUCUCUCACCAUUUUUAUUACGUUCAACGUCUGUUGAAAUAGUUACCCUGUUCACCAGUUAACACUGUACACAGUUUACUCACAUACAUACACAUAAACAGAGACAAGGAAUAGUAAAAAGGAAACAGAUUUGUAGCAACAUCCUUUUGAAUUGUAACAUAAAACAUUAUUAUUUCCUUGUAAUUUUGUUUUUAUCAACUAAUAUUAGUGAAAAAAAGUUUUGUUUUUCUAGUUACUACUUCCUUGAUAAGUUGUUUGUUUAAUGAGCAGUUAUUAUUAAUUAUUAAUUUAUGAUGUGAUUCAAUUAAUUAAUUAAGAGAACCUUUGAAAAAUGUUUGUUCGGUUGUUUUUUUUCCCAUGUUUCUUUAUUAAUCAUAUAAACUAUAGGAUAGAUAAAUUGAACUAAUGAUAUCACUUUUUGUAAGAAAUAAAUCUUGGAUUUGUUUCGAUCAAUGAUGAAACGACGUGAAUACAUAGUAAAAUGGUAUUAUAUUCGCUUUGAACACCAUUAUUUACAGUGGUGUUAUUUUCUCUGAGCUAGAUGGUUUGUUGUAGGGUCUUUUUAUUGUCGUCGUUGACUGCAUCAUGUAGAAUAUUCUGAUGGAGAUUUUCAAACAAUGAUAAAUGCUUUGCAAUUAAAUCAUCCAUUUGAUGAAAGUACAUAACACUACCAAAUGGAUUGCUAGGAGCUGCAAACGUUCUCCAUUAUUUCGAUAUUACUUAUCUUUGAAUAGUGGAUAGAUAAUGGAUGUUAUCAUAUUGUAUCUUAGAUCUUAUUUCAAUAUACUGAGUUAUCUCAAAAUGUAUCUUUACAUAUAGACUUUUUAGUGGGUAAAAAUGUACUAGUUAGAUGAUAUUGUAUUUUAUCCAGUGAGUGAAUAUAAUUGUAGUGAGUAAAAUAGGUAUAUUGAAAUGAAAAUGGUUGUCAACGAUAUGUGUAAAGUGAAUAAUACAUAUAAAUGUAUCAAUAGUAGUUGUAUAUAUCUUUUAUGAUGGGAAGAGUGCUGAUAAUUUCAAUACUGUAAAUAAAUCAUGAUACUGAGGAAGGAAGGUGAUUUACUGUGUUUGUUUUAUGUCGGUUUCGAAGUAUCUGGACUAUACAGUUUACUAAGAUUCCCUGCAAAAAACCACUAAGUUCACCGUAUUGUACGCGAUUAACGAGGACGUGAAAUGGAUCCGAAGUUUUGGUCGUCAGUCUAGUGCAAGCUUUUUCAAAGAAGAUAAUCAAAUAUAAAUACAUAGUUCACAGGUCGAUUGUAUGCUAAACAAAUUGUCCAAUCACGUGAACAAUGCAUUAAGUGAGAUUUGUUGUGGUGCGUACGAGUCACUUGGUAUGAAAAGUAUGGAAAAUUGUGAUAAGACAGCAUGUGUAUGUGUGUUUAUGUAGAUUUGAUGUGAUAAAAAUUUACCGACCUCAUAUCCCUCUGGUUAUGAUUGUUGGUGCAAUUCAGUGAUUUGAUAGAUGUCAUAAAUUCAACAUGUCGCAGCAUACAUAAAAUGAGGACGACUAGAGAGAUAAAUGUAAAUUUGUGUUGUUGUGUUAAACAAGCGGAUCGUUCAUCGUAUAUUUGACAAAUUAACUGAUUAGAACAAAUGGAAAAUAGUAGUUAUUGUCCACAUAAUGAAAGAAGUGAAAUAAAGUACAAAUUGAUCUAUUAAUUACUAGUUGCCAUCGGGAAACUAAUUGUAUUCUAUCUCUUCUACGUAUAUUGUUUGAUUUUGUCUAUAUAUGUAGGGCUUCAGCUUUUAAUAGUCUUGUGCGAAACAAAACCUUUAGAAGGAUUCUUGUGCCACUGAAGUCAGUUGUACGUCUCGAUUCUAUUGAAUAUAACCCUUUUGCCGACUUGUUUCCUAGUUUCUUGAGGCCUUCUGAGCUUUAGGCAGAGUUUGUGUCUCCUCACCCGUGCACUGAGCUAUCGUGAUGUCUCGUUUACUUAUACAUCGUCAUAGUCUUUACAUUUGGUCACAUAGACUCGAUUUUGCUAUUUCUUUCAUAUUGUAUGCUAGAGCCUUACUAGUUUAGCAUUAAGAGUAUUGUUCGUUCAACAACAAAAACACGUAUUGUAGUGCUUUAGGGUCACUCCGAUUUCUGACGAUUAACUAUGUUGAUCCAUUCUCUUAGCUUUUCUUUUCGCUUAUCUUUCUGACCCUAGUCAUUCCUUUUAAAAUGUCCUUAGGUUGGUUAUUCAUCAAAGUAGACAUAAGCAAAUCCAAACCAGCUUCUUAAUCAAUUGGUUCUGAGACGAGUUUCUGAACUCUGUUAUCGGAUUCGUAGCGACUCUCACCUUUGUAAAAGGAACAUGUGAUGACUUGUAAUCUAGAUAUGUUUCGGAAUAUGUUUGAUUUUGGAAUAUAACAAUGUUUAAACAACCAUCACUCUUCCUCACAAGCAAACAGUCAAGAAAUGGCAGUUUGCGAUCAGUGGAUCCGAUUUCUGUGGUGUACUUGGUGUUAUCAGAUAUACUGCUGACGUUUUUAGAAAAUUCGUCUCAAUCUCAUUCGUAAUGAUAAAUCGGUUAUCUAUAUAUCUCAACGAGAUUGUAGGUGAUUGGGGACAAUUUGAGAUUUCUCUCGUUUCCAAUCAAUGAACAAACAGGUUAGCCAUAUUUGCGGCUAUCGGUGAUCUCGCAACCAACAGUCGACCUUAUUAAUUGAAGCCACAUCUUAGUUUGACUGCCUCUAGCUAGUAAAAUUAUUUAGUAAGUCGUAUCUGGCAAAGCAGAGCAUAUAAGUUUCACGAGAUUUUUCUCGACACAUAAAUUAGGGUCAUCGACAUUGAAUCGGAUAGGGAAAAGACCAAGUAUACUAUUUACCGCUCCAAAUAAUUUGGUUUUAUCUAUCGCAUAACCACUG